UCGGAAGCCAAGGCAUCCGCCAAUGGGGAGUGGUUUUUACAAUCUUUCCCAAACAAAACUUCCUCCAACGCCACCAUAACACCAACCAACGAUUUUCUCUCUCUAAACUCUUCCAACUCUCUGAUCCGCACGACCCGAAUUCAUCCUCCCAUUUGGAAUUCUUGAUCCUGUUUUGCCUCAGCAACGCAUUUGAGCGAUUUUUGGGUUUUUCUUUUUCUCUUUGUGGACUUCUGAUCUCUGUCUGGAACUCAUUGUCGGUGGGGGUUCGGGUGAUGCGAGCUUAGAUUUCAUGGUGGUAUUUGGCCGCCAUGGAUGGUGGUAGGCGUCUUCCUGGGCAGCCUGUGCUAGGGUUGGUGUUGUUGUUGUUGUUGUUGUUGUUCUCCUUCUUCUUUUUGUUCAGUUGUCGUGGCCGACGAUGACUACCUGAAGGAAGCUGCAUAGAGGAUGAUGCAGCUUCACUUCUCGCCUAGCAUGAGAAGCAUCACGAUCUCGACCAAUAAUGGAUUUAUUGAUUUCAUGAAGAUCAAGGUUGCAGCUCGCCAUAUCUCUUACCGGACCAUUUUCCACACCUUCCUCCUCCUCGCAUUUCUCUUGCCUUUUGUCUUUAUCCUCACUGCCGUCGUUACCCUCGAAGGCGUCAAUAAGUGCUCCUCCUUUGAUUGUUUAGGCAGGCGGUUGGGACCACGGCUUCUUGGUAGGGUUGACGGUUCAGCGAGACUUGUCAGUGAAUUUUACAAGAUUCUCAAUCAAGUUAAAACCGAGGAAAUACCCGAUGGGCUAAAGCUGCCAGAUUCUUUCACUCAAUUAGUUUCAGAAAUGCAGAAUAAUCAAUAUGAUGCAAACACCUUUGCUAUAAUGUUAAAGGCAAUGAUAGAGAAAUUUGAAAAGGACAUUAGGGAAUCUAAGUUUGCAGAGCUGAUGCACAAGCACUUUGCUGCUAGUUCCAUUCCAAAAGGCAUCCACUGCCUAUCUCUUCGUUUAACGGAUGAAUAUUCGUCAAAUGCUCAUGCACGCAAACAAUUGCCUCCUCCAGAGUUACUUCCUUUACUUUCAGAUAACUCUUAUUACCACUUUAUUUUGUCAACCGACAACAUUUUGGCCGCUUCUGUUGUAGUCAAUUCUGCUGUGCAGUCUUCUCUCAGACCUGAAAAGAUUGUAUUUCAUGUCAUUACUGACAAGAAGACUUAUUCUGGUAUGCACUCAUGGUUUGCACUAAAUUCUAUUGCACCUGCACUUGUUGAAGUGAAAGGCAUUCAUCAAUUUGACUGGUUAACAAGAGAAAACAUCCCGGUGCUCGAAGCUGUAGAAAACCAGAAUGGGAUAAGAAGUUACUACCAUGGGAAUCACAUUGUUGGUGCUAAUCUCAGUGAUACAACGCCACGGAUAUUUGCUUCAAAACUGCAGGCUAGAAGUCCAAAAUAUAUAUCCUUACUCAACCAUCUUCGCAUUUAUUUACCAGAGCUCUUCCCAAACUUGGAGAAGGUGGUUUUCUUAGAUGACGAUGUUGUGAUUCAGCGUGAUUUGUCUCCUCUAUGGGAUAUUGACCUUGAAGGAAAGGUAAAUGGAGCUGUGGAAACUUGUAAAGGUGAGGAUGAGUGGGUAAUGUCUAAGCGGUUCCGCAACUACUUUAAUUUCUCCCAUCCAAUUAUACAAAAGCAUUUAAAUCCUGAUGAAUGUGCUUGGGCCUAUGGGAUGAACGUUUUUGAUCUUCAUGCUUGGAGAAGAACAAAUAUAAGGGAAAUUUACCACUUAUGGCUGAGAAAGAACCUGAUGUCAAACUUGACAAUGUGGAAGCUGGGAACCCUUCCCCCUGCUUUGAUUGCAUUUAGAGAUCAAGUUCAUCCUAUUGAUCCUUCAUGGCACAUGCUUGGCUUGGGCUAUCAGGAACAGACCGAUGUCGAGAAUGUGAAGAAUGCAGCAGUUAUCCACUACAAUGGGCAACUAAAACCGUGGUUGGAGAUUGGGUUCGAGCAUGUCCGACCCUUCUGGAUCAAGUACGUCAAUUACUCCAAUGAUUUUAUAAGAAACUGUCACAUCGUGGAAUCAUAGUCAAUUGUCAAAGAUGCAGAUGAGCAACAUUUUGCUCGUCCAGAAGGUUGCCCCAAUCCAUUCGUCUUGACUACGAUGAUGGACAUGCAUUCAUCUCGCAUCAGAUUCGAUCGUUCUUUCAGUUUGUAGCCAAAUAGAAGCUCUUCCUUUUCAAUAUUUUUCGGGUACCGUUAUUGAUGUUGCUUCAUCGGGGGAUUGAGUUUAGCUCUCCUGGUUACCUUACCACUACUACUAAGUGGAAUAGAAAAAGAGGAUAUGAUAUAGUAAAGAAAAAGUUGAUUAUUGAUAUGCCUAUGAUGCUGUGAUGCCAUUAUAUAGGUGGUGCGCACAGAAGAAGAUCUAGGACAACCCUCCCUACUACAGACAACACUCUUCCUGCCAGUUGCUUUUCUUUUUUCUGUUUGUUAGUCGUCUUCAUCUGAUGAUACCCACAUAAUAUAGUCAUUUUUUAGAAAGUAGGUUAUGGAAAACGUUUGCUCCUACAGGUCCCCAUUCAAUUGGAUUUUUUUUCUUUUUUUUAGGUUCAUUUCUCUAUUCGUUUUGUAAUAUUCAUGAUAUACAUGCAGAAAAUUCUUUUUCUC